AUUAAUUUAUCUGAAACUGCUCCUGUUAUAAUAUUUUUACGGGAGACACAUUCAUAAAAGCUCAUUCCAGUUUUGGUUGUUUAGUGAAACGGUUUAUUAAUAGUCGUUACGAUGGGCGAGAAUCUGCAAGUCGAGUUGGUGUACUUCUACCCCAAAGAAAACUCCAAACCCCAUAAAACUGACAAAUUUGAAUUAAUUUACGACGAGGAAAAUCCGGUUCCUAUUUUGCGUCGAGGAUUAAAAUUCACCGUCGCUAUUCGCUUCAAAAAUGAUCGAUUUGUCAAUCUCGAAAAAGAUCAAAUACGAUUAUUCUUCAAUUUUGGUCCGACACCGAAUCCCAUUAAGGGAACACGUGCCGUGAUUAAACUUAAUACCACUCGAAAAAGAAUUGAAGGAGAAAAUUUUUGGGGUGCCAAUAUUCUAGAUUCGUCGUCUGAUUUAAUUCUGGAGGUAUAUUCACCAACUUCAACACCUGUUGGUGUGUGGAAACUCGAAGUUGAGACCAGUUUAGUCAAUUCUACUCUACCACCCUCUGUCUAUAAGCACGAAAAUGACUUUUAUAUUCUGUUCAACCCAUGGAAUUGCCAUGAUCUCGUAUACAUGCCUGAUGAAAGACUUCUUGACGAAUACAUUCUUACCGAUGUUGGGAAAAUCUGGGUUGGUCCUUAUGGUUCGAGCAGAGGGCGUGAGUGGGUUUAUGGGCAGUUUGACGCUUGUGUUUUACCUGCUGCUAUGCUGAUGUUUGAAAAAUCCGACUUAGUACCAGCAAGCCGUGGAGAUCCUAUCAAAGUAUGUCGAACCAUAUCCAAACUGGUGAACAGUAACGACGAAGAUGGCGUUUUGGUGGGUCGUUGGGAUGGUCAGUACGAAGAUGGGACGGCCCCAUCAGCAUGGACUGGAUCCGUACAAAUCUUACAAGAGUAUUUGGACACCCAAUUCUCUGUGAGUUAUGGGCAAUGUUGGGUCUUUUCUGGAGUUGUCAGCACCAUUUGUCGUGCUUUGGGUAUCCCAUCGCGAGUUAUCUCCAAUUUGGUGUCAGCUCACGAUGCUAAUGCGUCUCUUACGGUUGACAAAUACUACAACGUGAACAAUGAGGAGAUGGACUUUGAUCCGAAUAACCCAAUGGGUGAAGAUUCCAUUUGGAAUUUCCAUGUUUGGAAUGACGUAUGGAUGGCACGACCCGAUUUGCCUCAAGGCUACGGUGGGUGGCAAGCCGUUGAUUCCACUCCUCAAGAAACUUCAGACGGGUACUACCAGUGUGGUCCUUCUUCUCUAGAAGCCAUCAAGAAAGGUCAAGUUGGAUUCAGCUAUGACGUUGCCUUCAUGGUUGCAUCAGUCAAUGCUGAUGUAAUGCGUUGGAAAGAAGAUAGUACCCGUGAGUUGGGUUUUGCUCGAAUUUAUACCAACAAAUACCACAUUGGACGUACUCUUUUGACCAAACAACCUUUCAUUUUUGAUCCUAACGGAGACCAAGAUCGAGAGGAUGUAACUUUGCAAUACAAAGCACCAGAAGGGUCAAAGGCUGAGCGUUUAUCUCUGUACAACGCCGUAAGAGGGACUGAGCUUGCCAAAAGCUUCUUUGCUCUACCAGAUCCUGGUUUGGAAGAUGUUGAAUUCGACUUGGAAGAACUAGAAAGAAUCAAAAUUGGAGAAGGUUUUUGCGUUGUGGUCCAUAUCAAAAACAGAAGUGACCAACCACGGACCAUAAAAGCACUGCUCUCCGCUGCAAGUGUCUUUUACAAUGGAGUGAAAGCACAUUUAGUCAAAAAAGAGGAUAUAGAGACGGUAGUGAAGCCUAAAUCCACGGAAACCAUGAGAAUGACGGUCAAAGCUGACGAAUAUCUCGACAAACUUGUCGAAUACUGCAACUUGAAGCUAUAUGCCAUUGCUUCGGUUACCGAAACUCGCCAGACCUGGACCGACGAAGAUGACUUCGAAGUUCUGAGACCAAAAAUUGACAUCCGGAUUCCACCUGAAAUUACCGUCGCCAGACCGACAACCAUAACUCUGAGAUUUGUGAAUCCUCUGAAGAAGAUUUUGACCAACUGUAAAUUUAGUCUGUCUGGUCCUACUUUGAUAAGGAACCAAGUUAUACGUUACGGUGACGUAAAACCAGGGGGUUUGGUCAAGAUGAAUACGGACAUAACACCUAGAUCUGUGGGUGAUCAAGUGUUGAUUGUAACAUUCUCGUCGAAGGAGUUGGUGGACAUAAGAGGUUCCGCUAAAGUUGCGGUUGUAGAGCCUGAAGAAUAAGAAGUUAACAGAUGUUUGAAUGCAUUUAAUCUCAUUAUACUACGCUUUCGUUAUACUUUUACACACAUCUUAUGCUUUGCAAUGUAUUUUUAUUUUUUUGUAAUGUGUUCAAUAAAGUAAUAAUAAACACAAA